UUAAGGGAUGAGGCGGACCGAGAGUCAUUCUGGUGAUGAACAGUUACUUUACUUUUAAGAAGUGUUGCGUAUGGGCUGCUAUUUCGACGAAAUCUAGGCUACAAUCGUUUCCAAAGACGCGCGGCUUUAAACGAACUGAGCUAUCCCCCUGUCUGGAAAAUAAUUUUGUCUUUUUCUGAUUUCAUUGGAUUCCCGGACUUCCAGUUACCAUCAACACGGUUUGAGGAAAUGUACGCCACAGUGGACAGAGUGGUAUUUUACCUAGGAAUCCUGGUGCUUUUAAUGUCAUGUGAAGCAAGAGGCCCUCCCUACAUGAGCCGCCAGGUGGAGGAGAGACAGACGGCAAGGCUGGGGCGCACGGUGCGCCUGCCCUGUCCAGUGGAGGGCGACCCUCCGCCCCUCAUCCUCUGGGUGAAGGACGGGCGGAACGUGAACCAGGGCUACAGCCGGUACCGGGUACUAAAACAGAGCCUGAAGAUAAAGGAGGUUGAGAUGGAGGACGCCGGGGUCUACAUCUGCCGGGUCACCAACGGCUUCGGCAGCAUCGCACUAAAUUUCACCCUAAUCGUCAUUGAUGACGCGGCCGUGACUCAGAACAAGCCUCCUCCUGUGGCGGAGCCCAAUGCUGAAAACAUCCUGCAGGACCCAACAGGGCAACCAUGGGUGAAACCACGCUUCAGCCAGCCCACCAAGAUGCGUCGGCGAGUGCUGGAGCAGCCGGUGGGCAGCUCGGUGCGUCUCAAGUGCCUGGCCAGCGGUAACCCCCCGCCCGCCAUCACCUGGUGGAAAGACCACACCCGUCUGCCGCCCCCGCGCCAGGGCAAGCGGCCGCAGUGGACCCUCACGCUGAAAAACCUGCAGCCGCAGGACAGUGCCAAAUAUACCUGCCACGUGUCCAACGCGGCAGGACACAUCAACGCCACCUACAAGGUGGAUGUUAUAGAGCGUACCAACUCCAAGCCCAUUCUCACUGGGACUCACCCUGUCAACACCACGGUGGAGUUCGGCGGCACCGCUUCGUUCCAAUGUAAAGUUCACAGCGAUGUGAAGCCUGUCAUCCAGUGGCUCAAGCGGGUGGACCCAGGCACAGAGGGGCGCUACAAUUCCACCCUGGAGGUCGGAGGGCAGCAUUUUGUUGUACUUCCCACCGGCGAUGUCUGGUCACGACCAGAUGGCUCGUAUCUCAACAAACUAGCCAUUAUCAAGGCCCGGGAGGAGGAUGCUGGCAUGUAUAUCUGCCUGGGUGCCAACACCAUGGGCUACAGCUUCCGCAGUGCCUACCUCACUGUGCUACCUGACCCUCAGGUGGAGAAGACCAUCACUCCUCCGCACCUGAACUCGGGGCUUCCUUGGCCUCUCAUCAUUGGCAUUCCAGCGGCAGCGCUCCUUAUUGUGGGCACCAUCGUGCUCUGGUUGUGCCAUAGCCGCCGGCGUCAGAGUGGCCUGCCGCCCCGAACUGUGGUCCACCGCGAGCACCACUCCGUAGACAAAGACCUGGUCACGCCAAGCAGCGUCACUCCUGACUUCCCCAACCAGAGACUUAUGGGCAUGACAGCCCCGGCUUUAAACGGCGCGCCCAAAAUCUACUCCAAGGUCUACACGGACACUCACACCCACACACACACACACUCCCAUGCCCACGUGGAGGGCAAGGUUCAUCAGCACUUCCACUACCAGUGCUGAAGAGCCACUGUUGGCCACGUGUGUUUCAAGACACUGCUGCUGCUCCAACUCAUCCAUGCUAUGAGUGAGGAGCCUCUCUCCCCCCUCCACCCCAUGGACUAGCACACUGCUGCAAGACUGAAGAGGACUGACUGACAGCUCACCAGAGGUUCAAUUCCCCAUUACCAGUGGUGGUGGUAGCACCACUAGCUAUAGGAGUCACAUUAGGACUGCACCCACAAACAAAGUGCAGGUACCAGCUUUGGUGGAAUACAUUCACCCAGAAAUGACUCAAAGGCUCAGGGCUGGAUUUAUGACUUAUAAAUGUUUUUCUUUUUUUUUUGUCUCAUUUGUGUUUUUUUUUUAUUUGUUUUUGAAUCCAAUUGAACCUAUACAUCAUAAAGGGACAAGAAAACAUUUUUUUAAAUUCUGUGAUAUGUAUCUCUGAAAUGACAAAAUAUUAUUUUACCAAAUGCUGAAAUGAUCACAAUAUGAGUUGUCUUGAAACAUUCGUAAAUUAAAAAUUGCGACUGUGACAAAACUGCUAAUUGCGACAGCAAUACUGUUUACAAACUGCUCUGUUUUUUUUUUUUGUGCAGUAGCUAACAAAACUGUGGUUCAUAUUUUUGUUGUAGAAAUAUUUGUUCAUUUGUUGUGAAAAAGUUUAGCAAGAAAAUUGAAAGCUUUUCUGGGAAAUGUGAUAAAAGAAUAUGAUAGGUAACGUGAUAUAGACUUGUUAUAUUUGUAUGAAAAGAUAUUUUAUAUAUAUAUUCAACUUUGAGGCAGUAUUACUAUUAUUUACCUGAUAUGUGUCAAAGGAGACAUUUCAAAAUUUUAAACACAGCACAAAUCCAAAAGGAUACAGAAUAUGUUUGGUACUGUUGGAAUACAAUUUGGAGUAAAUUAAUACUUUGAAUGUUGUACUGUACUUUGUCACACAACACAAACGAGUUCCUAUGACAGUUAAGCAUUAUGUCAUACUCCCCUCAGGUUUUGUUUAACUCCCAAACUUUAUGUUGUACUCCACAUGCUCAUAAACAUAUGCAGUUCUUUCAAGAAAUAUUGCAUGCUGCAGUUUAUCCUGGUGCUCAUGUACAUGUACUAUAAUAAUAUUUUUGUAAUAAAAGAAAAUUUUUUCUA